GCGCGCUGCGCCGCUUCCGCGCUCCUGACCUUCGCCGGCGGAGUGGGGCGGGCCGGGCGGCCGAGCGCGGGGCCGGCGCAUCGUGGCCAGGAUCAUGUCGGCCCCGACCAUGGAGGAGAGGAAAGCGUGCUGGGCGGCACGCGACGAGUUCUGGCGGUGCCUGGACGGGCACACGGAGGACGCGCCGCGGUGCGAGAAGCUGAGGCGGUCCUUCGAGUCCUUGUGUCCGCAGCAGUGGGUUAAAUACUUUGACAAAAGAAGGGAUUUUUUAAAAUACAAAGAAAAGCUGGAAUCUGAAGGGUUUCAAGCUCCAGAAACUGCUGGAAAGUCUUAGGUACUGUUCUUAUUGAAGUGCAUCUACACAGCGUAGAUCUGUGGCAGGAAGAAGCAUCCAAAAGCAGCAGAUCCUCUGGAGUUCAAGAACUGGUAACCCAUCCAUCCUCCUAAAAUGCAGAAUGCUGCUCUUGCUGCAAGGCCUCACAUGUCUGCUGAAAAGAGAUGGUCACAGACAACUUUUUCAUAAAUAUGAGGCAAAGAAAUGCAGUGCAGGGUUGUUCACAAACUCCAGUCAAUGUUCUGCAAGAAUAAAUGAUUAUGUGACAGCAUUUAUUUUUCUUUAUGUCACAUGGACAACUGCUUUUUUCCUUAAGUGGAUCCACUUUCCCCAAUAAAGCUUUUCCAGCUUUG